AUGGCGAAAUUGAAGUUGUUGUCAGCUCUAGACACGGCGAGGACACAGUACUAUCACUUCAAGGCCAUAAUAAUAGCAGGGAUGGGGCUAUUCACCGAUGCAUACGAUCUCUUCUCCAUCACUCUCAUCGUGAGGAUGAUAGGAAGGACAUAUUACGGCGACCGCCACGGCGACAACCAAUACAAGACCCCACCCGUCGUGGUCGCCGCCUUGAUAGCCGUCGCACUGUUAGGGAUGGUAAUCGGUCAACUCGUAUUCGGAAGGCUCGGGGAUCUCAAAGGGAGGCGCUACGUUUACGGAUUGGCCUUGUUGUUGAUGAUCAUGAGCUCCUUAGCUUCUGGCUUCUCCGUUUGCAUAAGAAGACCAUGCGUUCUCCUUUCUCUUGGCUUAUUCAGGUUCUUUCUGGGGUUGGGAAUUGGAGGAGACUACCCUCUCUCAUCUACCAUAAUGUCUGAGUUUGCAAACAAAAGGACGCGAGGGUCUUUCAUAGCGGCGGUGUUUUCCAUGCAAGGAUUCGGGAUAUUGGCCAGCGCCACCGUUACCAUGGUGGUGUGCUCCAUAUUCCGCCGCGAAGAGGACGCUGACUUUGCAUGGAGGUUGAUACUGAUGAUAGGUUCAGUUCCGGCAGGCUUGACGUACUACUGGCGUAUGAAGAUGCCCGAAACUGCCAGGUAUACAGCGCUAGUGGAACAAGACGUUACGCAAGCAGUAAAGGACAUGGAGAGAGUCCUAGAGUUCUCAAUGAGCCAGAUUUCUGGAGAAAAUACAUUGCCACCAGCGCAUCCGUACCCGCUCCUUUCCAGGGAAUUUUUCCGUCGUCAUGGUCGUGAUCUUUUUGCUUGUUCCUCUAAUUGGUUUCUGUUGGACAUUGUGUUCUACAGCAAUGUUCUGUUCCAGAGUCAAAUAUACAAGCACUUCCUCGAGCUCGACGACAAUCACCAAGUGAAUGUGUAUCAUGAGGUUUUCCAUGUUGCCAAGAUCCAAGCCAUUAUUGCUGUAUGUUCCACCAUUCCUGGCUACUUCUUCUCAGUGUACUUCAUUGACCGUGUUGGAAGAGUCAAAAUCCAAAUGAUGGGCUUUUUCUUCAUGGCAUUGAUUUUUUGGGCCAUAGGGAUUCCUUAUUACUCAUACUGGACCACCGAGAAAAACAAAAAUAAUAAAGGUUUUAUUGUACUCUAUAGCCUUGCUUUCUUCUUUGCCAAUUUUGGACCCAACACCACCACUUUCAUAGUCCCAGCUGAACUAUUCCCAGCCAGGUUUAGAUCAACAUGUCAUGGCAUUUCUGGGGCUUUUGGCAAGGUUGGUGCAAUCAUUGGAACCGUUGGAUUUCUAUGGGCUUCACAUAAAGACGAGGAGGACGGAUAUCCCAAGGCAAUUGGAAUGGAAGUCUCCUUGGUCAUACUUGGAGUGGUGUGCAUAGUUGGAAUGUUGGUUACCUACUUUUUCACCAUGGAAACCAUGGGAAGAUCUUUGGAAGAGAAUGAGAUUGAGCCUUGUGAACAUGAGGAGUUUAAAUGGAGCACCCCGAAUUUUGUUAAGGAUUUAAUUUAUAUGGAACCAUCACAACACACAAACUUUCUCUCUCAGAAAAUUGCAGAACCUCCACUUUCACAACACACAAACUUCGUGGAACUUCACAUCGUUCAGACACCGGUUGACCGACGUUCCUCCGCCGUUGACUACCAUUGUCCGUUGGAAAUUUUUGGCGACCCACCUACCGUUGUGCUCGUCUCAGCCGUGCAUUCGUUUGGUCUAAGUCUAGUUGUUGCCUGUUUCUUUUAUUUGGUGAUUAUAAACUCUCCUAUCUUUUCUGUUUCUGGAUCUCCGACUAGCCCCAAGUCAGAUCCUCCUAUUGUUACCAAUUAUAUCCUUGCUCCACUUAAUGUGGAUAACUUGGAUGGCUCAAACUAUGAUUCGUGGACUUUAGAUCUGCAACUUUGGUUGGAUGGGCAUAAUUAUACAGCUAACCUAAAUACUCAAGCUGGUUUUAUUGUGGCUGGUGAACGCACGUGA